GCCACAAGGACUUGUCAGCGCCACCACCAAACCGUGCUAUAUUCAGUACGUGUUGUUUGAGGCCAAUCCAGUAAACGCUGAGACGACAGCAAAGAAGGUACUGAGCUAAGUAAAGGGAGUACUUAAUACGGAACAGACCUUAACUAGCACAUUCAGGCUAUGAAUUGUUUUUCAAGUUUAGUAAAUUAAGAUUUGUUAUUCUUGCAGUUAGGUCUUUAAAUUUCUUACCUGAUCAGUUGUAUUCAUCUAGCACUAGCCCCCUCCGCUGUCCAUCGCAGGAGUUCUUCUCGCCAUAGGGUUCCCGUGUUCUCUUAGAUCUUGGGACGCCUUAAGGUAUGACUACUGUUGGGAGUGCGGAGGGGGCCGUUGACGUGUAUCGUCACUCGGAAAGUUUCUCGUCUAGCAGUCAUGAUAUUCACAGUGAAGAGGACGAUGAUUACGAUACCCACAGUGUCUCAACUUCUCGUGGCCACAGUUUUGAAUCACGUCAUAGCAUUUUGUCCAUGAGCCGAAGUCGAAGUGGCAGCCAAAAUGGGCAUCAGAGCCUGAUCCAGAGUAGAAGUCCUAGCCGCUGCAGUAGCCCUACUGAUUCCAGAUCUUUCAUAGACAGCUCUUCCGGCUCCAGUGGUACCAGUAGCACAGAAAGUACAGAUACAGACCCGGAAGAAUAUCUUCCUUUCCCGGGGUUCGUGCCUGUAGCACUUCAUUGUCUGGAACAAACUUCUGUGCCCAGGAACUGGUGCCUGACGAUGAUUACAAAUCCGUGGUUCGAGAGGAUCAGUAUGAUGAUAAUUCUUCUCAACUGCAUUACGUUAGGCAUGUACCAGCCAUGUGUAGACGAGGCGUGUACUUCCAGUCGUUGUAAGACACUUCAGUUAUUUGAUCACUUAAUUUUUGUGUUUUUUGCCGUUGAAAUGAUCAUCAAGAUUGUGGCUAUGGGUCUUGUAGGUAAGACCACUUACUUGGCAGAAACUUGGAACAGACUGGAUAUGUUCAUUGUUAUAGCAGGGACUCUCGAAUACUGUUUGGAUGUUGGGAGUAUUAAUCUCUCGGCUAUCAGGACCAUUCGUGUCCUUCGCCCACUUCGAGCUAUCAACAGAAUACCUAGCAUGCGAAUCCUGGUCAUGCUCCUACUAGACACACUUCCUAUGUUAGGUAAUGUCCUACUAUUGUGUUUCUUCGUGUUCUUCAUAUUUGGAAUUGUAGGCGUUCAGUUAUGGGCAGGUCUUCUCAGACAGCGAUGUUUCAUGGAACAAUUUCCUCCUGAUAUAAAACUUCCGGGGUAUAUUUCUUCGUAUUAUGUUGAAAAAGUGAAAAUUGUUAACCCAGUGUCUUCUUAUUAUCAACGCCACGCAGCAGAAAAAGAUUAUAUAUGUAGCGUGGAGAAAGACAACGGAAUUCAUGGAUGUGACAACCUGCCUCAUUAUCAACAUCAAGGCAUGACGUGCAAUGCGUCUGCCGUGCCACAAAGCAAUAACACCCCCACCAAUACAUCGUGUGUAAACUGGAACCAGUACUAUAAGAUAUGCCGUGCUGGCGAUAAAAACCCUUUUCGUGGAGCCAUAUCAUUCGAUAAUAUCGGAUUAGCUUGGGUAGCUAUAUUUUUGGUAAUUAGCCUAGAAGGAUGGACAGAUAUAAUGUACUACAUCCAAGAUGCUCAUUCAUUUUGGGAUUGGAUAUAUUUUGUACUUCUUAUUGUGGUUGGCUCAUUCUUCAUGAUCAACCUCUGCUUGGUCGUGAUAGCAACGCAAUUCUCCGAAACAAAAAAGCGAGAAUUGGAGAGAAUGAGGCUAGAACGUGCAAGGUUUCAGUCAACAAGUACUCUCGCUAGCACCAGUGCAUCAGAACAGCCUCUUAGCUGCUAUACAGAAAUGGUUAAAUAUUUAGCCCAUCUCGGGCGUCGUGCAAGACGCAGAUUUUUACAGUGGUACAAACAAAUGCGUCGAAAACAUGGAAAAGAAGACCUGCCUCGUUCAAUUUCUUUACGAAGAAAACGUCAAAAGCCUCCUUGGCAGCCAGGACAAAGUACAUUAAAACGUCAAAAUCUUCCUUGGCAGCCAGAACAAAGUUCAUUAAAACGUCAAGGGUCUUCUCACGAUGUUUCAAACAACAAUAACUUUGAUUCCAUGACCUUCAAUCCAAUUUCAUGCGUUCACACAUCUCAAACUCCCGAACAUUCUGGUAUGUGGUCUCCUAAUGAAACAUGUGCAGCUCCAUGUGCUAGUCCUGAGGUUUCAGUUAUUGAUCCCACGUCAUCGCCGACAAGACCGGGCUUGCUCAAAGUUCCUAGCAGUGUAUGCAGUCCUGACAACUCUUCUGUCAGUGAUUGCCCACGAACUGUUGAAAAUCCAGAUUUCACUCCUUCAUCUAGAAAACCCCAGUCUUCCACCAGACAGGUGUCUCUUCAGGUUACUCGUCAACACUCUAGCGCCAGCGGUAAUAGUAAAACGUCUCAACUGACUUGUGCUGAGCUUCUUGCCUUUACUGGAGCUCAGGGCGCUGCACUAGCCGCCAGUCUAGCCAGUAACUAUGCUAUGCAGAGGUUCUACUCCAGCUUAAAAAAAGGACAGAAACAUUCUUCAGCUCCUGUUAUCCUCUGUGAACUGGAUAGGGAAAAAGAAAGUCACCAAAGUCGUUCAGAAUGUGGCUGGACUGACUCAGAAGGGGAGAUUGAUGAUGAAAGAAGCGUACGCAGGGGACCACUUAGUAGCUUUUUCUACUGGUGGAAGCCCCACAGGGCCAAGCUCAAAGGUUUUGUUGGCCACAAAUACUUUCAAAGAGGAAUUCUUACAGCAAUCUUGAUUAACACGCUCAGUAUGGGCAUAGAAUAUCAUAACCAACCGAAAGAACUUACUUUUGCAGUGGAGGUGUUUAAUUUGAUUCUAACUGGGAUCUUUGGUCUCGAAAUGUUGCUAAAAGUCCUAGCCGAAGGCGUCUUUGGUUAUAUAAGUAAUGGCUUCAAUGUUUUUGAUGGCGUUAUUGUGAUCCUUAGCAUUGUAGAACUCUGGCAAAGUAGUGGUAGCGGAUUGUCAGUUUUAAGAACAUUUCGUCUUCUUAGGAUAUUAAAGUUAGUCAGGUUCAUGCCAGCUCUUCGAAGACAACUUGUCAUAAUGUUGCGGACCAUGGACAACGUAGCUGUUUUCUUUUCCCUUCUCAUUCUUUUCAUAUUUAUUUUCAGUAUUCUAGGUAUGAACCUUUUUGGGUGUAAAUUUUGUGAAAAAGAUGAAGAUGGCACGAUGCAGUGUGAUCGGAAGAACUUUGAUUCCUUACUGUGGGCUAUAGUGACAGUAUUUCAGAUACUCACUCAAGAAGAUUGGAAUGUCGUACUUUUCAAUGGCAUGGAGAAAACAUCGCAUUGGGCUGCCUUGUAUUUUGUGGCUCUCAUGACUUUUGGAAAUUAUGUCCUGUUCAAUCUCCUUGUAGCAAUUCUAGUGGAGGGGUUUUCUACUGAAGAUGAUAAAAAGAAGAGUAGUGAAAAGCUCACAGAUGGAAGUGAAUCAAAGAAUCCCGAAGAUAACACAUCUGACAGUGACAGCUUUAAACCAACUAAUAAAAUCACAAAUGUCACCAUUUAUAAUGCUGACUUCAAGGACAAUAUUGAAAAAGAGACUAGAAUGUUGUCUAAUCCGCCUGUACUGGCUGUUACAAACAUUUGCAACUCGGAUACCAAACCAAGUGAGCUGCUGUGUUAUCCACCAAUAAUUACUCAUACGGCAGCCACACCACAAGGUUCCCCGAAUGCCACUCUGGAACCAUUGGUACGGGACUUAAAUAACAAGCUUUCCAACCUGAUGACACUUAACAUCAGUAACUCCUCUAUUGACUCCAUUGAUAAAUCACCAAUCCAAAGUUUAGUGGGUACGGCGCAACAAUCUCCAAGCCUUUCCCGUACUCACAGUAGAAACAAUGUAAAGUUGGCAUUGCCAUCUAGUGGAAUAAUUACGACUCUUCCAGAGAUUGACCACAGGUGUAGUCAGUUGCCAGUUCCUCCAGUUCGUCGCAGUAGUCUAUCACCAUCUUUUCUCAGCAGAAACGGGUCUUUAACUUGCUCACCCCAUCUUUGUCGGAAGGGGAGUCAAAGCAGUUCCGGUGGCUCUUUCAAAUUACGGAGACCUAGCAGCAUGUAUGGAUGGAAGGCAUGGCAGAAAAAGAAAUGUGAUAAAGAAAGUUUUGUUGAUUUAAAUACCGGUUUAGGCACAGAAAGUGAAGAAGUACGUCUAACCAAUAAGACAAUAGUUCAUCAAAAUAUUCCAGCAGUUGACCACACCCAUUGUAAUGGUGGCUUACCAGCACUGAGUAACAUCAUAAACUUCAAUCGACCAGUUCUGUCUAAACAAAAUAGUAUCAACAGCCAUAAAACUCUCAGCCCACAAAAUUCUAUUAAAAGUCAUUCCUCUCAUUCGCCGACUGACGACCCUGCAGAAUCUUUCAACAGUCAGCUUUUCGACAAUAGGCAAGCUUCCAUCAGCAUUAGUGUUCUCAGUCACAAUAUCCUUAGCCCCCAGCAGUCUUUUAACAGUCAUAGCUAUUUGUCUAGUCGGCAUAACUCACUCAGUGGCUCGUCUCUAAAGGAAGAAAUUAAGACAAACAACCUGACAGAUUUAUCGCCCGUUAAUCCUGAGAAUGAAGAACAUUCUUCUGAUAAAUAUUUCACUGGAAAGCUUUUCUGGCUGAUCGAACCUCAAGGUUGUUUAAAAGAACGUGAAGAUUAUUCAUUAUUUAUUUUCUCACCAGAAAAUUGGAUACGUAACUUUUGUGCGCAAGUUGCAGAUCACAAAAAGUUUGACUUUGGGAUACUAUUUUUUAUCACCCUCAACUGCAUUACUCUUGCGAUCGAGAGACCCAAUAUCCCACCAGAGAGUAUAGAAAGAGAAGUGCUAACAGCAGCCAACUACAUCUUCACGAUUGUUUUUGGUCUGGAAAUGGUAGUUAAAGUAAUAGCCAAAGGUUUGUGGUAUGGGGAGCAUGCAUAUCUAAAGAGUGGUUGGAAUAAAAUGGAUGGAAUCUUAGUUUCAAUCUCUUUGCUAGAUUUCGUAUUAUCUUUUCUUGCCGCUGGUAGUCCAAAAAUCUUUGGCAUACUUCGUGUCUUCCGUCUUCUUCGUUCUUUACGGCCACUCAGAGUGAUAAACAGAGCACCAGGACUAAAGUUAGUUGUCCAGACUCUGCUCUCAUCUCUUCGUCCGAUUGGCAACAUUGUUCUUAUCUGUUGUACUUUCUUCAUUAUAUUUGGAAUCCUGGGAGUUCAGCUGUUUAAAGGAAAACUCUACUACUGCGAUGGACCAAAUGUGAAAAACGUUAGCAACAAAACUGAAUGCUUGGCAGAUCCCCGUAACGAAUGGAUCAACCGUAAAUAUAACUUUGACAACUUAGGACAGGCUCUCAUGGCGCUCUUUGUUUUGUCCUCAAAGGAUGGCUGGGUUAACAUCAUGUACACUGGACUAGAUGCUGUUGAUGUCGACCAACAGCCCAUUGAGAACUACAAUGAAUGGCGGCUUAUUUAUUUCAUAUCAUUCCUCCUUCUUGUUGCCUUCUUUGUUCUCAACAUGUUCGUGGGAGUCGUAGUUGAAAACUUUCAUCGCUGUCGAGAAGAACAAGAGAAAGAAGAAAAGGCUCUUCGGGCUGAAAAACGAGCUCGCAAACUGGAGAAGAAGCGGCGAAAAAUGAGGGAACCACCAUAUUACAUCAACUUCUCCAAACCAAGGCUCUUCACCAAUAACAUUGUAACGAGCAAAUACUUUGACUUAGCUAUUGCAGCUGUUAUUGGUCUAAAUGUAGUUACCAUGGCCAUGGAAUUCUAUAUGAUGCCAACGGAACUCGUUUAUGCUCUGAAAAUAUUUAAUUACUUCUUCACUGCGGUAUUUAUUUUGGAAGCUAUCAUGAAAGCUGUUGCCUUGGGAGUCAGGAGAUAUCUCAUUGAUAAAUGGAAUCAACUUGAUGUUAUUAUCGUAAUUCUAUCUGUCGUUGGGAUAUUCCUCGAAGAGAUGGAGUCCAAGAUCAUCCCAAUAAACCCCACUAUCAUCCGUGUGAUGAGGGUUUUGAGAAUAGCAAGAGUAUUGAAACUACUAAAGAUGGCAAAGGGUAUCCGAGCUUUGUUGGACACUGUAAUGCAAGCGCUACCACAAGUGGGUAAUCUCGGACUCUUGUUUUUCCUCUUAUUUUUCAUCUUUGCUGCUCUUGGAGUGGAAUUAUUUGGUCGACUUGAAUGCAACGAUAAAUUCCCUUGUCAGGGUUUAGGAGAACAUGCACAUUUUCAUAACUUUGGAAUGGCUUUUCUAACAUUGUUUCGCAUUGCAACUGGUGAUAAUUGGAAUGGGAUUAUGAAGGACACCCUCCGCGACAACUGUGAUUCUUCUAGUGACUGUUUAACUAACUGCUGUGUGUCCCAACUCAUCGCUCCCUUAUACUUUGUAAUAUUUGUCUUGAUGGCUCAGUUUGUGCUGGUUAACGUGGUAGUAGCUGUUUUGAUGAAACAUUUAGAGGAGUCACACAAGCAGAUGGAUGAUGAUGCUGAUAUUGAUGUGGAAAUUGAAAAUGAGCUAGCAGCUGAAGCAAUUGCUGCACAACAAAUGGAAAUACUUGGGCAGGAAACCUAUAAAAAACGAUCCAAGGCUAAAACUACUGAGAUUAUACCUCAGAAGCCACUUGUCAAAGUUUCUUCUUUACCUGCAAAUUUCACAUUUACUUUCCAAGAAGAUGUUCAACUAAAUGAGGAAGGCUUAAACUUCCCACCAGCGGCUAUAACCAUCCAGAUUUCAGAAUUUGGUGAGAGCAAAAAUUCAGGAAAUUUAGACGAAACUUGUUUCGUUGGUGCAGAAGUCGAAGAAGCUAGCUAGCUAUCUUAAAGCAGAAUUUAGUGCGGAUUUGCCAGAAUCUAAAAGAGAAGAAGAAGGAGAAUGUUAUACACGGAAUGAUGCCCUCUUCUAAGCCAUUAUUGAACAUUUGUCAAGAAGAUUCUAUAAACAAAAAUCCUGAAGAUCAUUCCGUAACACCUAAGCUCAAGUUAGCACCAACUCAUUUUUCACCAUUUAGUUCGAUCAGCAAUGGUGCACACUUGCUCGAAGAUAAAUCCUUUAAUGAUUCCAUUCUCAGCUAUAUGUUGGCUUCGAUCACUUUCAUCCUGUUGAAAUUCAUAAAGCAGCUAAUGAUAAAGAAGUUAAGAGCUGUCCGUAGAAGACAAAGCUGAAUCGCCAAAUUCAACAAAAUGGCUGCUAUAUCAUCACCCAGUUCAACACAAAAAAGAGAGUCCAAAUUCCAUAUCCCACUCAGACGUAGGGCUCUGUUUGGUGUCAGAAAGUGAAGAAAUGUCGCAGGAAGAGCAAGGAAGGAAGAAUGUUAAGACUUGCAGCCACUGAAUACCUCACAUGAACCUCAAGAGGAGCAGACGUGUUUAUUACAAGAGGCCAACACCAUGAUGAACGUGGUGUCAAAUGACACUUUGAAAACACCUGUGGAUAAGAAACGCGAUUCUGUUAACCAUCAAACAGCUAGUGAUAACGGCUGCUAGCAAGUGUUGUUGUGUAUUCGAUGGGUCAAUGGUCUGAAAAACUAAAAUUUAUUAUGUAACUUAUGUAAUGUUUAUCUUGUAAGAUAUCAUAUAUAUAUAUAUAUAUUAUAUAUAAAGAUAAUUAACUAAAUAUUUAUGUAAAUACUGUACUUAGGAAAAGUUAUAGAUCAAAGCCAAUGCCAUAUCUCAGAUCGGAAAGUGCUCCAUUUUGUAAAUGACAUGUUUUGAAUUGUACAUCAUUACAUUACAAUGUUUCAUACCGUUUUGUACAUUUAGCGUAAGAUCUUGAAAGACAUAUCCUUCCUGUGUGUAUGUCUAUUCCUUGUUAACUAGUCUUAGAUAUACAUUUGAAAUAUUGCGUGUGAAAUCUAUUGAUUUGCUUCAUAUGAAAAGCUAUGAAAUCUCUAUAAAAUUAAGCUUUCCAAUGCAUACAGUAUCAAGCCCCAGAGAUAAAAAUCAUCUUUCAUAGCCUUCAUAUGCUGGUACAUGGUUGAAAAUUGUAUAUUUCUAAGAAAUUCCAUAUUGCAAUAGAAAUAUUUUAAUUGAUAUUAC